CAAGCGCAGUGCUAAAUAGCGGUGGAUUUGGGGGCGUGGCGAGAGAGAAACGGAGGGGAAAUCAGUCGAGUUUUCCUGUCGGAGCCUCGGCCGAUCAGCGAGAGAAGAAAGGAGUCUGCGAGUGGCGCCAUGGCGACCACUGUUAGUACACAGCGGGGCCCGGUAUAUAUUGGUGAACUUCCUCAAGAUUUCCUUCGUAUUACCCCAACACAGCAGCAACAGCAAAUCCAAUUAGAUGCUCAAGCAGCUCAACAAUUACAAUAUGGAGGAGCAAUGGGUACUGUUGGGAGACUAAGUAUCACUGUAGUGCAGGCAAAAUUGGCAAAAAACUAUGGCAUGACGCGCAUGGACCCAUACUGCAGAAUACGACUUGGUUAUGCUGUCUAUGAAACUCCCACUGCUCAUAAUGGAGCCAAAAAUCCUCGAUGGAACAAAGUUAUUCAGUGCACUGUCCCUCCUGGGGUAGAUUCUUUCUAUCUUGAGAUAUUUGAUGAGAGAGCUUUUUCAAUAGAUGAUCGCAUUGCUUGGACCCAUAUUACUAUUCCUGAGUCACUGAAACAAGGAAAAGUAGAAGAUGAAUGGUAUAGCCUGAGUGGAAGGCAGGGAGAUGACAAAGAAGGAAUGAUUAAUCUGGUCAUGUCCUACACGUCUUUACCAGCUGCUAUGAUGAUGCAGCCCCAGCCAGUGGUCCUGAUGCCAACGGUAUAUCAGCAAGGAGUUGGAUAUGUACCUAUUACAGGGCUUGAGUAUUUUGCUCUGGGGAUGCCUGCUGUUUGUAACCCAGGCAUGGUUCCUGUGGCAGUUCCACCACCUGCAAUCAACCCCCAACAUGUAUGUAAUGAAGAGGAUCUAAAAUCUAUCCAGGACAUGUUCCCCAACAUGGACAGAGAAGUAAUCCGUUCAGUACUAGAAGCUCAGAGAGGGAACAAGGAUGCUGCUAUCAAUUCCUUGCUUCAAAUUGCAGAAGAGGCUUAGAUCAUUCUCAUACUACCCUUCAUCGUUGUUACUUUUAAUUUUGAUUUGCCAAGCCAGGAAUUUAGUUAGAAAAAAAAUUUCCAAGCCAGCAACCUAUCUGAGAGGCUGUGAUCCAUUUUUGGCAUGGGUGUUCACUGGAAUAUUGGUUUUUACAAAUAACGUUACAGAAAUCUCAGCCAUUUUAUAGCUAUCACUUCUAUUCUGUCCACAUUUUUGAUGAAAGGUAGUGUUGAAAUACCUCUGCCAAUUCCUCUCCCCCCUUUUUUAGUUUGCGUUCCAAAACCAACCAAGUUUCUCCUCCACUUGUUAUUCAUUAUACAUUUGAAAUCAGGGAGUGGGGAGAGUAUCAGUUGAGGGAUGAGGGAGACUGAUGUUCCAUAAAGUGCUAUUAAAGAGCAAACUCUCUCUUAAGCAGUCCCUUUAUGUGAGACAAAAAAAGAUUACAUAGUUUGUAAUGUUUAGUGAUAUUUGAACAUUAAGACAAUUUCUAUGGAAUACUAGCUUUAUUGCAACUUUCACAGUUUUACUAAUGAGAAAUCACUUUUCAACCUACUAAUUGGGCACCAAUGCAAUGUAUUUAUGGUUUUUUUAUUUGUUUAAUGAAGUGCUGCUGUGCUUCUGAAAUUACAAACUCUCCUUUUGUAAGACACAGAAACAUACAGGUAGUUCUUGGGCUACAAACACUUAUUCAGCAACCAUUCAAAAUUAUGACAGUGUUGAAUGAGGGGGACUUAUAAUGGGGUCCUUGAAAUUGUGGCCGUCGCAGCAUUCUGCAGUCACCAGCUUCCCACAAGCAAAGUCUGGGGAAACUGGCAGGAGAUCACAAGUUACUAUUGUAAGUCGCUUCUGCCGCCACCACUUUUUCUCCCGAGGAGCCCCCGGAUGCAUGAAGAUCUUACACUCUGUCUCCCAUGGCACUUGCCCACCUGCAUUCCGUAGAACCUACCCAUAGCACCUGCCUACCUGAGCUCUGUAGUGCCCAACCACACCACCAGCCUGCCCAUAGCUUUUACCCUUUCCCUGCUUGCUUGGGAUGCCAUUUCAGUGCCUCUUUCCACAUCAUGGUCGUGUGAGGUCCUUGCUUACCAACUGGAAUGGCUGUUGCUAAGUGACGCAGUCACAUGUGUCACAUUUUAUGACCAUAUUGCUUAAUGUCACAAUUGCUAUCAUAACCCGAGGACUACUUGUAUGCCAGAAGGGGACAGAAAUCUUCCUGAUGUGUUUUUAUGCUUGUUUGCUCCUAUAAUUGUGAGAAACUCAUAACAUUAAAGCAGUGGAAUGUUAUACCAUAGAAAUUCAGCAUUACCAAUGUAAUAUACUUCCUUGUGGUCAGUUGUUAUAAACAAUGAUGCUUUAAAAAGCAUUUCAAUGGAAUAUUCACUAUUGUAAUUUCCUAAGGUCCAAUUAAUCUUAAUUCUAUUGAAGGCGAAGCAUAUAAAAACAAUUCAUUGCCACAAACAAAGACCUGCCACAUUUAGAGUACAAUCCCAAUAUACAGAAGCUGUACAUAAUAAUUUUCUAUUAGAGUUGUAGAUCUGUUGGAGGUAACAAAGUUUAUAUUUGUUUAAAGUUGGGAAAAGUGAAACAAUGCACUUUAAUAGACACACUUUACAUGCUAUUUGAGUUUUUUAUUGUUUUAAACAUUUUUAAAUGCUGUCUAUAAUUGCCAGACAUACUUUGUAUUUCCUAAAGUGUUUGAAGACAAUAAGGCAUCAAGGUGAUCAUGAAAUUUAUUGCUUUGAAAGAAGAAAAACCUCAUUAUUUCACGCUUUUUUUUUCUCUAAUAGAAAAGGUCUAUUAGAAUUGCUUUAUAGUAUCAUCAUGAAAACUCCUGGCAGAGCUAGCUAUAGUUAAAAUAUUUAUUUUUUUAAUUGUUAAAAUAUAUUGAGAAAAUAAUUUUAAAUACAAUAUCAGAUCCACUUAUUGCUUUGUUUAAAUUGUAGCUAUUUUACUCCCAUAAGUUUAAUAGAUUAGUAUUUGUGAAUGCUAAAUCAUUCCUUUCCCCUUCUGUUGCUUUUUACAUGAAAUAAGUGCUUUUCAGAAGCUCCAGAAGAGGUGUGUGUCCAUCUGAAAAUCAACUGUGUUCCUUUCUCCAUACUUUGCAGUACGUUCAGAUUAAUGUUACAGUUAAUGUCAGUCAUAUAUCAGUAAUACAUUGGUGAAUUCUUGUGAAUUUGUUUAGCUAAGACCCUUAAGAUAUUUCAUUAAUUAGAAGCAAUGAGCCAAAAAUCUGGAAUACACCAUAGUACUAUCCUAGUGGAAUAACGUGAGCUGUAUAAUAUGGCUAUGCAGAUUUUUCAGUGAUGCUUCACUUGUGAAUGAAGUGUCUUUUUGGAUCAGGAGGUGGCAAGCUAUGAAGUAGUUUCAGCUGAAGCUUUGGCACAGCUACUUCAUGUACCUUUUAAAGUCUUGUGUUUGUGUUUUGAGAUGCAUUUCUGCACGGAUAGUUGGCACAUUGACUGAGUUCUGGAUAUUUAUUGAGCCUCCAAACCUCUGCUGCUUUUUUAUGUAUGCACGGUGCACAUCCGGAUAGACUUCUGAAGAUUCUUCAUAAAUCUGCUGCAAAAUUUAAAGAAAAUUUAGACCCACUUCUAGAUGCUUAAGUUUACUCAGAGAUGGACAGUGAGGAAGGUUUUAAAGAGCAUAUCAAUGAAUUGUAUUCUUGCUCUUUUUGAAGUUAAAUAAAUCCACUUUCAGGUAGAUCUAAUGAUUUGUUUGGUUUUCCUGCUAAUAGAGCUAUUCACAGAAAUCUGAUCAGCAUUUUUCCACUGACAAGGAUAUUUUUAGAAGGGUGUUUUAGAAGAAUCCUUAUCAUUGUUUUUUUUCCAGGGUACUUGGAAGGGGUAAAGGGGUAAAUCUGGAGGCUGAGGGGAAGGAAACUGGCAAAGACCUUGGCUUUCAUUUUGCCAUUUAGCCAGUUGGAAAGCUCUGCUGGAUGAAGAGCUUUCCAAUGAUAGAGUAGUCCAUUCUCAAAAGCAGAGGUGUCAAACUGCCGGCAUGCAGGCCGGUUGCAUGAUAUGGAAGCCACGCUCACCCAAGCUGCGUCAGUGCAAAAAAAAAAGUUAUGUGACGUGGCAAGUUUGACACCCAUGUUCAAAAGGGUAGGAUGCAAGCAUUGUUACAGUUACAUCCAUGUUUUUGUGAUCAUUCCUGGAUGUACUUUGAUUCUAUAAACAAAGAUGGAAAUGCUUCUCAUGGAUUUCAGUGAAAUUCACAGUCCAUUGUGAGUAAAGUUGGGAUACAGAUUUCUGAGGUGUAGAACUGAAAUGCACCAGUUAUCUGCCACUUAAAAUAAAUGCUAGGCAGCACAAAACUCUUCCUUGCAUUUUUCAUUAUGUUUUUUGUGACAGCAGUUUGUUACACAGCCCACAGUAGCUUUAAACCCACCAAGAAUCCAAGACUAGUGAAAUUCAGGAACGUUUUGCCUAGCUAGAUGCUUGCCACCUUUUAUCCAAUUCUGUCUGACUAUGUGCUGAUGAUUCUAAGCGUUUCCCUUUUUAGAUAUUAUUGCCUAUGUUGGCUGACUUGUAAUGCUGUACUGAGGGUGUUUUGCUGUAAUUCUGAAAACAUUUCUUUAUUACUCUUAUUGACAUUCAGCUGUUUGCAUUAUACAACUUAUUUCUCAUUCUGUCUAAUUUAAUAAAUGUAUACCAGAUCAUU